AUGAAGCUGAAAAAGCAGGUGACGGUGUGUGGGGCUGCCACCUUCUGUGUGGCCGUCUUCUCACUCUACCUCAUGCUGGACCGAGUGCAGCAUGAUCCCAUCCGGCACCAGAAUGGGGGCAACUUUCCCCGGAGCCAAAUUUCUGUGCUGCAGAACCGCAUCGAGCAGCUGGAACAGCUGUUGGAGGAAAACCACGAGAUCAUCAGCCACAUCAAGGACUCCGUGCUGGAGCUGACUGCCAACGCAGAGGGCCCGCCCGCCCUGCUGCCCUACUACACGGCCAACGGCUCCUGGGUCGUGCCACCGGAGCCCCAGCCCAGCUUCUUCUCCAUCUCCCCUCAGGAUUGCCAGUUUGCUCUGGGGGGCCAGCGCCAGAAGCCAGAGCUGCAGAUGCUAACUGUAUCAGAGGAGCUGCCAUUUGACAACGUGGACGGUGGCGUAUGGAAGCAAGGCUUUGACAUCUCCUACAGCCCGCACGACUGGGAUGCUGAAGACCUGCAGGUGUUUGUGGUGCCCCACUCUCACAAUGACCCAGGCUGGAUCAAGACCUUUGACAAGUACUACACAGAGCAGACCCAGCACAUUCUCAACAGCAUGGUGUCCAAGCUGCAGGAGGACCCCCGGCGGCGCUUCCUCUGGGCCGAAGUCUCCUUCUUCGCCAAGUGGUGGGAUAACAUCAACACCCAAAAGAGAGCAGCAGUCCGAAGGCUGGUGGGCAACGGGCAGCUGGAGAUCGCAACGGGAGGCUGGGUGAUGCCCGAUGAGGCCAACUCCCACUACUUCGCACUGAUUGACCAGCUCAUCGAGGGACACCAGUGGCUGGAGAAAAACCUGGGUGCAGCCCCUCGCUCUGGCUGGGCAGUGGACCCCUUUGGACACAGCUCCACCAUGCCUUACCUGCUGCGCCGUGCCAACCUGACCAGCAUGCUGAUCCAGAGAGUGCACUAUGCCAUCAAGAAGCACUUUGCUGCCACCCACAGCCUGGAGUUCAUGUGGCGGCAGACGUGGGACGCCGACUCCAGCACAGACAUCUUCUGCCACAUGAUGCCUUUCUACAGCUACGACGUCCCCCAUACCUGUGGCCCGGAUCCCAAGAUCUGCUGCCAGUUUGAUUUCAAACGCUUGCCGGGUGGGCGCAUCAAUUGCCCUUGGAAGGUGCCGCCCCGGGCCAUCACAGAGGCUAAUGUGGCUGAGAGGGCGGCCCUGCUGCUGGACCAGUACCGGAAGAAGUCCCGGUUGUUCCGGAGCAACGUCCUCCUGGUGCCACUCGGUGACGAUUUCCGAUACGACAAGCCCCAGGAGUGGGAUGCUCAGUUCUUCAACUACCAGCGGCUCUUUGACUUCCUCAACAGCAAGCCUGAUCUCCACGUGCAGGCCCAAUUUGGCACCCUCUCCGACUAUUUUGACGCUCUGUACAAGAGGACAGGGGUGGAGCCAGGGGCGCGGCCUCCCGGCUUUCCCGUGCUGAGCGGGGAUUUCUUCUCCUACGCGGACCGGGAGGACCACUACUGGACGGGCUACUACACCUCCCGGCCUUUCUACAAGAGCUUGGACCGCGUGCUGGAGGCCCACUUGCGGGGUGCGGAGAUCCUGUACAGCCUGGCUGUGGCUCACUCGCGCCGCUCUGGGGUGGCUGGCCAAUACCCGCUCUCCAACUUUGCCCUCCUGACGGAAGCUCGGCGCACGCUGGGGCUCUUCCAGCACCACGAUGCCAUCACCGGCACCGCCAAGGAGGCUGUCGUAGUGGACUACGGGGUCAGGCUUCUGCGGUCCCUGGUGAGCCUGAAGCAGGUCAUCAUCAAUGCUGCCCACUUCCUGGUGCUGGGAGACAAGGAGACCUACCAUGUGGACCCUGAGUCGCCCUUCCUCCAGAUGGACGAUACCCGCCUAAAUCACGACACCCUGCCUGAGCGCACGGUAAUCCAGCUCGAGUCCUCACCCAGGUAUGUGGUGCUGUUCAACCCGCUGGAGCAGGAGCGGCUCAGUGUGGUGUCCCUGCUGGUCAACUCGCCCCGGGUGCGUGUUCUUUCUGAGGAGGGGCAGCUCCUGGCUGUGCAGAUCAGCCUGCACUGGAGCUCGGCCACUGACAUGGUCCCCGACGUCUACCAGGUGUCUGUGCCCCUCCGCCUGCCGGCCCUGGGCCUCGGUGUGCUACAGCUGCAGCUGGGCCUGGACGGGCACCGCACCCUGCCCUCCUCCGUGCGCAUCUACCUGCAUGGCCGGCCGCUGUCCAUCAGUAGGCAUGAAGCAUUCCCUGUACGUGUCAUCGACUCCGGCACCAGCGACUUUGCCCUCAGCAACCGCUACAUGCAGGUCGGCUUCUCAGGCCUUACUGGGCUCCUCAAGAGCAUCCGAAGGGUGGAUGAGGAGCAGGAGCAGCGGGUGGACAUGGAGUUCCUCAUCUAUGGCACCCGCACAUCCAAAGACAAGAGUGGGGCCUACCUCUUCCUGCCUGAUGGCGAGGCCAAGCCCUACGUCCCCAAGGAUCCCCCUGUGUUGCGUGUCACCGAGGGCCCUUUUGUCUCGGAGGUGGUUGCCUACUAUGAGCACUUUCACCAGGUGGUGCGGCUUUACAAUGUGCCAGGCGUGGAGGGGCUCUCUCUGGACAUGUCUUCCCUGGUGGACAUCCGGGACUACGUCAACAAGGAGCUGGCUCUGCGCAUCCACAUGGACAUCGGCAGCCAGGGCACCUUCUUCACGGACCUCAAUGGCUUUCAGGUGCAGCCCCGGCGGUAUCUCAAGAAGCUGCCCCUCCAAGCUAACUUCUACCCAAUGCCGGCCAUGGCCUACAUCCAGGACGCACGGAACCGCCUCACCCUGCACACUGCCCAAGCCCUGGGGGUCUCCAGCCUCGGCGAUGGCCAGCUGGAGGUGAUCUUGGACCGGCGACUCAUGCAGGAUGACAACCGGGGCCUUGGCCAAGGUCUCAAGGACAACAAGAGAACCUGCAACCGCUUCCGGCUCCUGUUAGAACGGCGAACCGCAGGCAGUGAGGUCCAAGACGGCGUCUCCACCAGCUACCCGUCCCUGCUCAGCCACCUGACCUCCAUGUAUCUGAACGCUCCUGUGCUUGCCCUGCCCGUGGCCAAAAGGCAGCUCCCAGGCCCAGGUCUGCGCUCAUUCCAUCCUCUGGCUUCCCCACUGCCCUGUGACUUCCACCUGCUCAACCUGCGCACUCUCCAGGCUGAGGAUGAUGCCUUACCCUCGGCAGAAACCGCACUGCUCUUACACCGCAAGGGUUUUGACUGCGGCCUUGAGGCCAAGAACUUGGGCUUCAACUGCACCACCAGCCAAGGCAAGGUGGCCCUGGGGAGCCUUUUCCACGGCCUGGAUGUGGGUUUCCUGCAGCCAACCUCCUUGACGUUACUCUACCCUCUGGCCUCACCCUCCAAUAGCACUGACAUCUACGUGGAGCCCAUGGAGAUUGUCACCUUUCGCCUCCGCUUGGGCUAGGGCUUCUUGUGGCCUGAAGAGAACGUUUAUCCACAGAGACUGCCUCUUAACAUAAGAUCGGGUCGGACAAGCCACACUGGGAUCCUGUCCUGAUCUGCCUCAGAACUGUGACAGACUGGGCUCUCCCUCAUUUUCUGUUUAUUGUUGCUCUGUGUUUGGGGGCAACCCACCAGCCUGGUGUUGGAUAGACAGGGCAGAGGCUGGUGAGGGCCAGGAGAGGAGGCCCUCGGUCAGAGCGGGUGGUGCCAGACUUUGCUUCGGGGCUAUGGGCAGCUGCCCCCCUGAGCACAGGGCUCAACACCUUCUUUUUCCCCACGGGGGAUGUAGGAGAAGCAGGAACAGAAGAGGUGGGGGAGGCAGAGUGGUUGACACCAGCGUCAGGCGCCCUGUAGGCAAGAGCUGGCUCGAGGGGGGGUCCUGUGGUCUUGGGGAGACUCCAUGUCCUGGUGUGACAACAAGGUCAGAGGGACUGCAGGAGCAGGGGGCUCACACCCCAAGUCAGCAGUUGUGGGGAGGAGGAAUCUCUGUCCUAAGGGUCAGGAAGCCCAGCCGCUCUCUGUGAUGGCUCCUGAAUGCUACCCGUGAGUGUGCCCUGGCUGGGGGCUGCAGCAUAGCAGGAAGGACUCUUUGUAAGGACAAGAGACUGUCGUGGUCAGAGGUCAUAGGAUGCUUUGGGCAACCCCAUUCAAACCGGGCACUUGGUCUUUGUGAUUUGCGGGACGGUGGUGGCAAAUCCACCCUACCUGACUCCCCCUCUUGUUCCUUGCACCGUCCCCAAGAGUCUCUUCCUAUGAUGGGGGCUUGGGCUGGCAAACUUUCUUUCCUUGGAAAGAAAGUGAAGCCCCCAAGGACCCGUGUGCUUGGGCAACCCGAGGCAGCUUUCAGCACCAUCCCUAGCAAUCAGACCUUGGAGCGUCCCCUUUGGGACGUCCUGCCACUGAUGCAUCCAGUUCCUGGCACAAGGGGCCAGGACCGUAUAGAGUCAGGGAGGAGGCAGCUUUCAUUUCAGCUUUGAUUAAAUAGAGAAAAAUUUAUGAAAAUUCCAUCCCUUAUUAAAACUCUUUGUCAGUUAAGACUAGGAAAAAAAAAUCCUAAUUUAGAUUAAGGUCUCCAGCAUAUAAACCAACAGCUUCUGGCAUCCUAAAGGAGUGGAAGCCACUGGCAUUCCCAGCUAAGUCAGAAAGUAGCCAAGGAAUUGUAUUGUUUAACCUUGUUCUGGCACCACUGACCCUGUGACAUGGCGGCUGGUUGAGAGGGAGGAGGAAGAGUCCGAGCUGUCAUUAUUUGCAGAGUAUGAACUGCCCACCUGUGAAGCCUAAGAGGCAACUGAAGAGCUGACGUGAGCAUUCCGUAAGUCGACCCGAAUGAAAUACCUAUCGUGUUCCUGUAAAGAUUUUGGUUCUCCCCAAAUCAGCCCAUAAAUUCAAUGUAAUUUCAGCACAAUUGGAUACUUUUUGGAAUUUGACAAGUUCCAAAGAUCAUUUGGAAGAGAAAAUGUGUGAGAAUACUAAGAAAGUUUUGAAUGAUCAUCAUGAGUUUGGGGCAGUGGGUGAGGGUAAAGAUUUCCAAAAGGACCAUAAAGCCACUAUGAAUUAAAUCAGCGUGGUACUGGAGUGGGAUUAGACAAGCAGACAGAUAGAACAAAACAGAGUCCAGAAACAGACCCUGGUAUAUGAUAGAAUUUAGUAUAUGAGAAAAGUAGUGUUUCAAAUGGGGAAAAAUAGAUUGUUUAGUAAAUAAUAUAUUGAGAUGCUGGCUAUCUAUUAGGGUAAUAGUUAAAUCUCACGGUUUACACAAUUUAUUCCAGGUAGAAAGAACAAAAACUAAACCACAAAAUUACUGAAGAAAAUAUAGGCUAUCUUUAUACCUCCAUGGUGGGGAUGUUUUUCUGAAACAUAACAUAAAAUAUAAAAAGUCAUAAGGGAAAAAUGAAAGAUUUUAUCACAAUAACAGGUUUAUUUAUGAUGAAAAACAUCAAGGUUAAAACACAAAUGACAGAUUUGGCGAAAAUAUCUGCAACACAUUAAAAGUGUCAGUGACUGCAGUUACUUUAGCGAAAAGCUUGUUUAGGGUCCUUAGAGAAAGUCCCUGGAGCUGCCAGGAGCUACCUAAGGUGUCAUGGGGCAGGCACAGCCGCAUUCUUCGGGUCACCUAGGGUGGUUACUGCCCACGUCAGGCCUCAACUGUAAAAUGGGGAUAACAGUAUCUAUAUCACAGUACAAGAAAUGAGAUUAUCAAUGUGAAAUGCUUAGCAGAGUGCCUGGAACAUACAGGAGCUCAACAAGCAUGAGCUAUUACAUCAUAGUAGGUGUUACUUGCUGGUCUAAUACAAUUUGGAAUUAAAAUGAUAGGGGUAAUCUGUGACACCCUAGGAAUUAGCAGAAUAAAGGAUGUUAUCUUUGGACAUCUUAGAUGUGCAAUGAAAUUAUUCCUCUGCCAGGAACUAGUGUUGCUUAAUUGUACCUACCAGCCUUUGAGAACUACUUAAGGCCGCAUUGCUCAAGGUGCAGUCCGGAAACCACCUGAAUUGGUUGGAAAGCACAGAUUUCUGGCCUGUCUGACCAAGGCUGUUCCUUCAGCCUGGUUGCUAGAAUGAAGAUACAUGGAGCAGCCACGGCUACCCUGAGAUGAACGUGUGACAUGAGCAAGAAAAAAAAAUCUUGUUUUGGUAUGUAGAGAAUAAAAAAGCAGAUGCCUGGGUACAAUUUACUGAGCCAGUCUCUGGGAGUAGGCACCAGGGAGGCUCCCUGGGUGAUUCUUUGGCAUGUGUAAUUUGGAAACCACUUACUAUUAUGAGAAAACCAGGAACUUUAACAUAGAGCUGUGACAUUGAAGUCGCACAGUUCCUGGGGGUUAUAAUCAAAGCUGAAACCAGGACGUAACACAAGCAACUUCUGGUAGUUGGUAGAAUUCUUUCCCACCCUGUAACCCUCCAUCUACUUAUAGCCAUCAAGUUUUCAUGGAGAGAAAGGGCUGGGUGGCCAGGAGGCUCAGAAAGAGAAAAGCAGAUUCCGGCAAACUUUCAGAGCAGGGUUUAGUUUCAGAGUGAAACCCUGCUCUGAUUUAGCUUGGCUGAGGCUGGGCUUUAACUGUGGACACCCAUGUAGAGACAGUGACACCUUUAACCUCUGAUAACCCUGAAAUUGGCCUGCUUCUUUUGCUGUGGUUAGCUAAAAGACACUUACUGAGAAUAGAAGGUUCUGGGACUUCAGAGUCCUUACGGAAUAAGAAACUCAACAUAACCUGAGAAUGUCAGGAGACCGUAACCAGGCCUCCGAGUGCAGAGCACAGGCAAGAAAAUCAGGAGGCUGCGAACAAAAUGCAAGCAACCUAAAACAAUACAUUACAAAAUAAGUGUUUAGAACCACAAUUUAAAAAUACAUAGAUGGUGACGGCCAAAGGAGCAGGGUUGGGAGGAUGGUGAGGAGGGGGAAGAGGAGGCAGAGCAGACCGUCUCUCAAAGUGUGAAGAUAAAUGCAAAAUUUUAGAAAUUGACCCUGAGAGGUCCAUUCUGCAAGUGGACAGCUGUGUCUUUGCUGGAGGGUAUGAAGACAUUCUUGGGACCUGUGUUUUAGUUGACGAAAAUGUGGAAUGUGUGAAUGCAGAAGGCAGUGAUAAAACAGUGCUAAAAUAUAAAUACCAUACAAAGAAGAUGCUCAGCAUGAGGAGAACUGAAUGGGAAACACUGGUGUUUGUUAUAUUAUUCUUUGUACUAUUAUAUAAAUAUAGAGAUGUAAUUUUUAAAAAUUACCAGGAAAAAAUGCAAUUAUAAUUACAGAAAAAAGAAGGAAAGGCAAACAGGGAAGAAGGGAGGGAGGGAAAAAGAAAGAAAACCCUGAAAUCUGGACGCUCCUUGGUUCUCAAUUCUAAGAUGACAGCUGUUAAAAAGGAGUACCAUACCCUCAGGGUGACCAGGUGUCUCCCUGUCACUGUUAAUUCUCUGUCAGAAGUGAGACUUUUGGUUCCCAGCCCAGCAAAAGCCAAAGUAAGCAAGCAAGGAAGCUAUGAAGCACCCCAUCAUCACAGACUUAAGGUAGUAAUUUUGGCGGUGAUGCUAAUUUCCUGAUGAUAGUUGCUUUAGGCUAUAUAGGAGAAUGUCUGUAGGAAAAAUAAACCAAAGUAUUUAGGGGUGCUAGGGCAUCAAUCAGCUACUUAGUCUCAAAUGGUUCACAAGGAAAAAAGUUAUUUGUAUUGUGCUUCCAACUUUUCUGUGUUUCUAAUUGUUUAAAAAAAUAUUGAAUUAGAAAAAUAAA